AUGGAGGUGGAUGAUCAGUCAUCGAGGCGACGUGGCAAUAGCCAAUGUCGUAAGUUUAUUCGACAUGAUCAUGUUCAAGGACACGAGCGUCUAUUUCGUGAUUGCUUUGCUGAAAAUCCAGUAUAUCCCUCGAAUCUAUUUCGAAGGAGAUUUCGGAUGAGUCGUCCCCUAUUUCUUCGUAUUCUAAAUGAAGUAGAGUCUUACGACCCGUACUUCGUCCAGAGAAGAGAUAAUGUUGGCGGACUCGGUAUUGGUGAAAGCACCGCAAUGGAGAGCCUAAAAAAAUUUUCUGAGACAGUAGUAACUGUUUUCUCAGAAGAAUAUCUAAGGUCUCCAACUGCUAAUGAUAUAGCUCGAUUGCUUGCAGUUGGUGAACAACGAGGAUUCCCAGGAAUGUUGGGAAGCAUUGAUUGCAUGCAUUGGAAGUGGAAAAAUUGUCCCGCAGCUUGGAAAGGUAUGUAUUCUGGCCACAUCCGUGAACCAACUAUUAUUUUAGAAGCAGUUGCUUCAUAUGAUCUCUGGAUAUGGCAUGCCUUUUUUGGUAUGCCCGGUUCACAUAACGAUAUUAAUGUGCUAGAGAGAUCUUUUAUUUUUACGGAACUUGCCCAAGGGCGUGCUCCUCCAGUCAAUUACACUAUCAAUGGCAACGACUAUACUAUGGGCUAUUACCUUGCGGACGGUAUUUAUCCCAAGUGGCGAACUUUUGUGAAGACGAUUCCAUCACCUGAGUGUUUGAACAUUGAAUAUGAUCAACUUGAUGAUAAUCUCCCCGAAUUGUCGCGCAAUCAUACAACUGAGCUUACAGACUUCAUCCAGCGUCAUCAUGAUAUUAGAGACAGUUCGGCACAUCAUCAACUUCAAGAAGAUAUAAUUGAACAUCAAUGGCUUUUACAUUCACAACAUUAG